UCUAAGAAUCUUCUCUUUCUCUCUCUUAUAUAAAACUCCAUAUAUCAAGUCUUUUAUUGUUGUUGUCAGUGACUUUUUGUAAUUACUUUCUGAUUUCCAAACCUACAACAGCUGCAACUGCAAGUUUCUGAGCUGAAAAAAGUUCCACUUGUUAACAACUACUGUUGUUGUUGUCAACAUGUGUGUGCAAGAGGAUGAACAAGUUGAUCAAGAUAAUGAUAAAACAAUUUCAUGGCCUUUGCAUUGUGAUCUAUUGCAUGCCCAGAUGGAUAAUUCAGAAAAAGACUCUUCUUUUGGUGUUUCCAAUGCCCAAAUCAGUGUUGCAGAUUCAUUUCCUCUGGAAAGUAUUUGUGAAGAUGCAGUGAUUACAGAGAAAAAACAGAAUGUGGUGAAUUUUGUCCCAACGCUUCGGUCAGGAGAGUGGUCUGAUAUCGGAGGUCGGCCUUACAUGGAGGAUACUCACAUAUGCAUCGGAGACUUGGCGAAGAAAUUCGGUUAUGAUGCUGUCUGCGACAAAGCUGUUUCCUUUUAUGGUGUAUUUGAUGGACAUGGAGGGAAGAGUGCUGCACAAUUUGUUCGCGAUCAUCUUCCGAGGGUGAUUGUUGAGGAUUCUGACUUUCCUCUUGAACUUGAGAAGGUGGUCACGAGGUCGUUUUUGGAGACUGAUUCGGAGUUUGCGAAAACAUGCUCUGCUGAGUCUUCCCUUUCUUCUGGUACAACGGCAUUGACUGCAAUUAUAUUUGGAAGAUCUCUACUCGUGGCUAAUGCUGGAGACUGUCGCGCUGUUUUGUCCCGGGCUGGAGGAGCUAUAGAAAUGUCCAAAGAUCACAAUCCCUUAUGCAUGAAAGAAAGGAUGAGGAUUGAGUCGCUCGGCGGAUUUGUCAAUGAUGGUUACUUGAACGGACAGUUAGGCGUGACGCGUGCUCUAGGAAACUGGCAUCUUGAAGGAAUGAAGGAAAUGAGUGGAAGAGGUGGACCAUUGAGUGCUGAGCCAGAACUUAAACUGAUAACAUUGACGAAAGACGACGAGUUUUUGAUAAUCGGAAGCGACGGAAUAUGGGAAGUUUUUCGUAGCCAAAAUGCGGUCGAUUUUGCUAGGAGGAGGCUUCAACAGCAUAAUGAUGUUAAACAAUGUUGCAAGGAAAUAGUAGGUGAAGCAAUAAAGAGAGGUGCAACAGAUAAUUUAACUGUUGUGAUGGUGUGUUUUCAAUCAGAUCCACCACCAGCUAUGAUUAUUGAAAGGCCUAAUAGAUUUAGGAGAAGUAUAUCUGCUGAGGGACUUCAAAAUCUUAAAUGCCUGCUAGAAGGAUAGAUUAUUCUUCUCAGCAACACCUUUGUUUUUGUGAGGUGAAAUUGUUAUGUACAUAAAUUCAUGUAUGUCUUUAUCUUGUGCUUGUGCUGAUCAGUGAUCACUGGUGAGGUAGAUAAAAUAAUGCACUAAUGGGGCUAAAUUCAAAUUCAAAUAAAAUGUAUACUAUUGUAUGAUUGUUUUUCCCAUUAUUAAUGGGAAUGAGAGACAUGAGCAUGUAUAUCAUGAAACACAAUGUUAUAUUUAUAAUUUUUUAAAUUCUCCUUGGGAGAGUCAUGAACAACAUUGUAAAUGGACUCCACACUGAUAGUUUUG